AUGCGCCGCUUGUUUCAGGCCGAAAAUCUAUCUUUAAAAGAAGAGAAACUGCGAUUGGAAUGCGAAAGUGAUGAUUUAGCCCGUGACCUCGUAAUGAGCAAAAUUGAGCUUAGACGAAACUUAGAUGCGGCUGAAGAUAACAUUGAAUGCUUGCAGAAUCAGGUGGAAAACCUUGGCCGGCUCUGCAAGGAUCUGCAGGAUGACAAUCGUCGCCUGUUAGACGAAUCCGAACGGAUCUGCUCAGACAUUUCCACGCGCUUGGAAGAUCAGCGGAAAAGCGCUGAAGAGGAAAAAAACGCGUUCAUGGUUUGUAGUUUUGUAGUUUUGUCGUAG